UCUUCAUUUGAUGCUCUGGAGUUUCCUUUCUGGUAUUGAGAUUGCAACAAGGUGAUCCCUGGUCUUUUGCUUCAUAUCAGGUAGCAAGCAAUUUGCUUUGCAUCUUCUGAAAUUUUAAGGAAGCUUAACCCAAGCUCCAAGAGAGAAUAUGCUUUCAUUGCCUUUUGUGAUCUUCUGAAAGUUCUUGGCCUAGUGUGGAUGUCCAAUGGCAAAAAGUUUACCUAAUGCCUCACGUUUGGAUGUCAAAACUGCUGGCAAAGGGAUAAGAAAUGGUGACAAGUCAUGAGGAAUCUUACAGUGUAAUGAUGUAAUGCCGCCUUUCUUGCCUUGUGUGUUUCUUUGGAAUAACUUCUCCCAGGCGUUGUGCUUUCUCCUUUCAGCUUAGCAUCAUCUACCUUGCAUUUCCAGCCAUGUCCAGAGAAAAUAAAUCUUUCUCCAUGGAGGGAGGUUUUGUGCCCUCUCCUAUAAAUUGUUGUCCAUCAGCACCCAGACAAUCACAAUCUUCUUAGCAACAUUCCUUCGUAGUUUUGCUUCUCCCAAAAUAGUUCUUUGAUCUUCUCCACUCAGUUUAUCAAGCCUGGUAGUCUCCCACCAUGGCUUCCAAUCUCAGCUUCAAGAGAAUGGACAGCAUCGCUGAAACCAUGCCUGAUGCGCUGCAACAAAGCCGGUACCAGAUGAAGAGAUGCUUCCAAAGGUAUGUAUCGAAGGGCAGGAGGCUCUUGAAGAACCAGCAGCUCGUGGAGGAGCUGGAAAAAUCACUAGAUGACAAAGCUGAGAAGGAAAAGCUUGUUGAAGGCUUUCUCGGUUACAUUAUUUGUUCGACACAGGAAGCAGUAGUGCUACCGCCAUUCGUUGCAUUUGCUGUUAGAAUGAAUCCUGGCAUCUGGGAAUACGUCAAAGUUCAUUCCGAUGAUCUGUCGGUCGAAGGAAUUACACCAUCAGAGUACCUGAAGUUCAAAGAGACCUUAUAUGAUGAGAAAUGGGCCAAGGAUGACAAUUCAUUGGAAGUUGAUUUUGGUGCUCUUGACCUCUCAACACCUCAUCUGACGCUGCCCUCGUCCAUAGGGAAUGGGAUGCAGUUUAUCUCCAAAUUCAUGUCUUCAAAGCUGAAUGAGAAGCCUGAAAGCAUGAAGCCGUUGCUAGACUAUUUGCUCACCCUGAAUUACCGCGGCGAGAAACUGAUGGUCAACGACACGAUCGACACGGUGGACAAGCUUCAGACAGCGCUGCUCCUUGCAGAAGUUUUUGUCAGCGGGCUGCCUAAAUUCACACCAUAUUUGAAAUUUGAACAGAGAUUUCAGGAGUGGGGAUUGGAGAAAGGAUGGGGUGAGAAUGCUGAAAGGUGCAAGGAGACUCUGAAUUUCCUAUCUGAAGUGCUCCAGGCACCAGAUCCUAUCAACACGGAGAAGUUCUUCAGCAGGGUCCCAUCCAUAUUUAACAUUGUCGUCUUCUCUAUCCAUGGUUACUUUGGCCAAGAGAAGGUUCUAGGAUUGCCAGACACCGGCGGUCAGGUUGUUUACAUCCUGGACCAAGUCAGGUCCAUGGAAGAGGAGCUGGUGCAGAGGAUCAAGCAGCAGGGUUUGCACAUAACACCAAAGAUUCUUGUGCUUACAAGACUGAUACCAGAUUCCAAAGGCACAAAAUGUAAUGUGGAGCUCGAACCGGUUGAAAAUACAAAAUAUUCACACAUACUUCGUGUGCCGUUCAAGACUGAAGACGGGAAGGAUUUGCGCCAGUGGGUUUCCCGGUUCGACAUUUACCCUUACCUGGAGAGAUAUACUCAGGAGGCUUCUACCAAAAUCCUUGACAUUCUAGAGGGCAAACCAGACUUGAUCAUUGGCAACUACACUGAUGGAAACUUGGUGGCAUCCCUCAUGUCGAGCAAACUCGGAGUCACACAGGGAACAAUUGCACAUGCUCUCGAGAAGACGAAGUAUGAGAACUCAGAUGCUAAGUGGAGAGAGCUGGACCAAAAAUACCACUUCUCCUGCCAAUUUACUGCCGAUAUGAUUGCCAUGAACACUACUGACUUUAUCAUCACUAGCACAUACCAAGAAAUUGCUGGGAGCAAAGAGAAGCCUGGUCAAUAUGAACACCACUACGCAUUCACAAUGCCCGGUCUUUGCCGUUUCUCCACGGGCAUCAAUGUCUUUGAUCCGAAGUUCAACAUUGCUGCACCUGGUGCCGAUCAGUCCGUCUACUUCCCCUACACACAGAAGCAGAAGCGGCUGACAGGUUUACACCCACAGAUUGAGGAGUUACUGUACAGCAAGGAGGAUACAGACGAACACAUAGGGUAUCUGGCAGACAAAAAUAAGCCAAUCAUUUUCUCGAUGGCAAGGCUAGACAAGGUGAAGAACAUCACUGGACUAGUGGAGUGGUAUGGCCAGAACAAGAAGGUCAGGGACCUUGUGAACCUCGUCGUCGUUGCAGGCCUCCUGAAUGCUGCACAGUCCAAGGACCGAGAAGAGAUAGACGAGAUCAACAAGAUGCACAAUUUGAUCGACAAGUACCAGCUGAAAGGACAGAUCCGGUGGAUCAAGGCUCAGACUGACCGUGUCCGCAACGGCGAGCUGUACCGUUACAUUGCAGAUACAAAGGGUGCAUUUGUUCAGCCUGCACUCUAUGAAGCAUUUGGGCUAACAGUGAUUGAGGCGAUGAACUGCGGGCUGCCAACGUUCGCGACAAACCAGGGAGGGCCAGCGGAGAUCAUUGUCGAUGGCGUCUCGGGUUUCCACAUAAACCCGAUGAAUGGCAGGGAGGCUGGCACCAAGAUUGCAGACUUCUUCCAGAAGUGCAAAGAAGACCCAAGCUACUGGAACAAGGUGUCCACUGCUGGACUUCAGCGCAUCUACGAAUGCUACACAUGGAAGAUAUACGCAACUAAAGUGCUGAACAUGGGAUCGAUGUAUAGCUUCUGGAGGACUCUGAACAAGGAGGAGAGAGCGGCCAAACAGCGGUACCUGCAGAUGUUCUACAAUCUUCAGUACAGGAACCUGGUGAAGACUGUCCCUAGAAUAGGGGAGCAGCCCCCGAGGACCACAGCCUCGACCUCGACCUCGACAACAGGCGCUGCGGUGGUGCGUGACGAGAUUGUAGUGAGGCCGAAAGAAAGAAAGCCACGGAAUCGGAUCCAGAGGAUGAUGACCAGCCUACUCGGGCCGAAGCGGCGUGCUAACAAAUGAUCAGAACAGCUACAUGAUGAGCCAUGACUGUGUUCUGAAG